AAAGACCCUGUCAUCGAUGAAGAAAUGGAAGAAGAUGAGGAAGGGCGAUCGCUGUCUGGGGAUGACAGUGAAUAAUCUGUUUUUGACGGGGAUGCAUAUGAAGAUGUUGAAGAUGAUGAAUAUGAGGAUGAGAUAUAUGAGGACGAAGAAUUCGAGGAUGAAUUAUGCCAGAGAACAGUGAAACGUGCGCCAAAGAAAAGGCAAUCUGCUAAAAGCAGGAGGGUUAUUUCAUACGAUGAAGUAGAGGAGGAAGAAGAUAUAGAAGACGAAGACGGUGAAUAUAUGGAUGGUGGGUAUGAAGAUGAAGGAGAGGAUGUUGUUAUUCGCGUUCAGAAAAGAGGGAAGAGUUGGAAGGAGGUCGGGCAGAAUGCUUUGAAGAAGAAGGCACAUCUGCAGAUGAUGCGGAAGAGGCGUAGAGAGGAUUAUGAUGAUGUUGACGAGGGAAGGAGACCUGUGAAGAAGACGAUACUUCCUGCGAUGAAGCAGAUGGGUAGGAAGUUUGAUGAAACAGGGGUAGCAAAAGGAAAGCCCCCUGCAAAACAGAAGGCAAUCAAAGGGAAUAACAGGAGGAUGUUUGUGCGGGUACCGAUUCCCAAACAUCCUAUGUCUAGGGGUGAGUAUGCGAAGUUUCACGGCGUGGUAGUUGCUACUCAGCGGGCUAAUUGUGGCCGGAAGCAACCAAGCGUUAUCUGUCGCACGGAUGCAUUUUCUAAGAUUAUUGCUGCUUUUGAUGAGUCAAGGAGAAGUUGCGUUAGGAAAAUGGGUUUCGGGGGGAUGUUGGAUUUGAAAAUAUCCAAGCUACCUAGGCAGCUGUGCUACUGGCUGAUGUCCCGGUUGGAUGGGGGUAACAGUUACCUUGUUGGAGGGGACGGCCAUGUGUUGCCGAUAACUGCUUCCCAUUGGGAAUAUGUAUUCGGAUUCCAGAACAGCGGUCUUCCGGUGCCAGUGAAGGAGUCUGAUCUUCCUCCAGGCACCCUUAAAGCGAUGGCCCUCAAGUAUGGUGAAAAGAAUACAUCAACCUCAAAGAGCACAAUAAUCAUAGCAAAAUCUGUAAAGGAAUUGGCAGGGCCGGUUGACGGUGAAGGAAAGAUAAAGCCCCUGGCUAAUCAGCGUGAUAGGGCCUCGUUCAUGGAAAAUUUCAUGAUUGUGUUGCUGGGGCAGAUUUUAUGUCCUUCUAAAGAUGGGGGUAACAUGUCUUUAAAAUUGCUAGGUGCAGUUUCCGUGGCAAAGAAUGCAUCACUGUACAAUUGGUGUGAGUUUUGUCACACAUGGCUUUUAGACUACGGAGACGCUUGUCAGCGGAAGAUAGACCAUCAGGGGUAUGCCGCUGGGACUGGUGGUUGUGUGUCGUUUUUGCUGUAUCCUGUCUUAUAUUACAGUGCCUUACCUGAAAGUGGAUUUGUUUUACAGAUUUUCUACCUAGACCAUUUAUGCACGCAUCCUGUGAGAUGGGAUGAGUUUCCCAGGAUCAAAGUCUGGACACAGGAGGAAGUGGAUGAGGCCAAGAAUCGGGAUAGGAAAGCGAGUGAAGAUUAUGGAAGGAUUACGACUGUUGAUGUUGUGUACGGGGAUCCUCAUCCCCUUUACGGCAGGGAGGGUAGACGGUCUCCCGCAGUAGAGGUUGCUGAGAUGGUAGCACAGAUGACUUCUUCAGAAUGGAGACGCACCCUAGCUCAGGAGGUCACAGAGAUGGUUAUGGGGCAGCUUGCUCCAUUAUUGCAAGAUCGCCGGGGCGUAUCCCGUGAAAGAGGAAUGAGGUCAUAUCAUGCUACCGAUCAUUUGACGAUAGAUGUUGAUGGUGUGGCUAUGCCGUUGGACAAGUCUGUCAAUAAGGUGCUUACAGAGUUGGAUGCCGAUGACGAUUCCGAUGUGGAGUUGCAACCGUCUGAUGGGGGACGUGUAUUUGUGGGCCCUCAUGGGAGUGUGCCAGUUAUGAAUCCCCUAGACCCGGUCAGCCACGGUGAUGUACCUUUGGUCCACACUGCUGUCAGCCACGGUGAUGUACCUUUGGUCCACACUGCUGAUGAUGUAGGUGUAGUAGCAACUGACCCAGAAACAAGCAAGCACCCGGUCGACCAGACACAUCAGCACGGACAGGUUCAAGCUGGUGACGGGCCACCUUCAGAUGGAAUGUCAUCGGAGAAGGUGGGACAGCUGGGUGUAGUUGAAGACAAAGAGGAUGAUGAAGACAAUGGUGAGGAGAAUGUUGAGGAGCCGGAAGAGCAGGAUGGUGGCGUCAAGGAUGGGGGGCCGAAUAAUAGGGAUGAUGACGAUGAUGAGGGACCGGCUAAUGGUCCUGUGCAAGGAACGGUUGCAGCAUCGCCCUUGGAGAACAUCGCUCAAGAGAACCCCUCUGAAGAUAAGAACAGUGAAGAGAACACCAGACAAGAUAACCCCACUGAAGGGAAGACCACUGAUGAGAAUCUCCAAACCGAUGACCAAGAACGACCACGGGAGAAAUUGAUCCUAAGGAUUCCGAGAACAAACCCAAAAACACGCUAUCGGCAGACGCGAGUACGAAUGACAAAACUUGAGAGUGACGUAGUAGCUUAUGUGGAGUCAUACAAUCCUAAAGGGAAAGAGCAGGGGGCCAUGCUUAUCGAGUGUGAUGGUAAUGAUGCAAAUCGGAUGAUGUGCUACUCGGUUGUGCGUCCUAGGGAGUACGUGCAUUCCCAGUACGUUCGGGCCGUUGCAAACAUAUACAACAGGGAAUGGGCUCUGGAAUACCCAACGAAUUCUCGCAGAAUCAUGCUGGACUCCUCAUUUGCGUAUCAGAAAUUAAAGACGAGGGAAACAUAUGCUGGUCUGCUGAAGAAGUGGUCCACCCCUCUCCAGAAGAUUGUGUCAGCUGAUAUAUCUGUGGUCUAUGUUCCAGUUGUGGACAACGGACAUUGGUGGUGUGUUGCUUUUGCACUGAAAGACCAGAAGAUAUGGUUCAUUGACAGCAUGUAUACUAAUCCUGCUUCCGAGCAUUCUGGGGAUGUUAAAAAAUUGAUAGCAGCUGUGGAGUACGUUCUACAUUGGAGGGACACGCAGUAUAAUGCAGCUCUUGUUUGGAAGUUGAAGCAAAUGCAUACUUGGCCCUUGGACUCCAUUAGCUUCCCUGACUACAACGACAAUCAUGCGUGUGGAAUAGUAAUGCUUAUGGCUAUCCAGGAAAGUGCAAGGGCAUUUACAAAGACGAUGCAAGUGAGGGACAUCAAUGUAGCUCGGAAGGCACUGUUUUUGUCUCACUUGAAUUCAGAUUUCAACUCCUGCCGCCCGCUUCUUCCCCAAAUCGUUGCAACCCACUGCCCAUUGUUGUCUUUUGAUACUCACAUUAUUCCUAGGAGAUGGGAUUCAUUGCUUGCAGGUUGUUUGGUACCGUUAUUAGAAAAGUUUGGGUACAAUCUACGAGUUUGGUACAGCCUGAACUUUGUUCCGGCUUUGCAUGGUACCAAGCAUAAAUUGAGUACCAAACAAGACCAGAUAUGUACCACACGAACAUUAGUAAUUGUUGCUACAAAAGUUGGAUGA